AUGACAUUUGUAUUUGAAAGACAUGGAUCUGAAAUUGCAGUAUUUGAAUGGGUUUUUGGGAACAUCUUAUGCAGGUCAGGCCAGUUUGUAUCUGUCGAUCUUAGAGUAAAGAAAAGCGGUUUCAGGGACGAGAAUCUUCUAGGCUAUGGGGGCUUUGGGCGGGUAUACAGGGGCACUCUGCCUUCCGGCGAAGAAAUCACCGUGAAAUGCAUCACGAAAGACUGCAGGGAAGGAAUGAAGGAAUUCAUUGCAGAAAUCUCCAGCCUUGGGAGAUUUCAAGGGGCUGGUGCAGAAAAAAUAAGCGCCUCUUCAUCAUCUACGACUACAUGUCCAACGGAAGCCAUGUAUAAGAAUUUUGUGUGUCUGAGGUCAUUCCUCCUCGACUACCUCACUCCACGACAAGAUCGCCACAUGGACUCAAAAUUAUCUUUCCCCUCUAAAAAGGAUGCUCGUUUUUCUGGACUCUUCUCCCCAUUACAACACAAACCGCCCACUCAAAAGAAACACUACUCAGAGAGAUCUAAUUCAAUAGCGAAGAUGCAGAUUCUGAUUCUCUGCCUCUCAAUCAUUCUAACGGCAGCUCAGGGUGUUCACCAGAACACAACUUUCGUCUUCAACCACUUCAACACCACAACCACAAUCAAAUAUGUUGCGGCUGCCUCCAUACAAUCCAACGCAAUCCGCCUCACAAAUCACUCCGAGCGCGUCAUUGGCCGUGCCUAUUUGGACAAGGCCGUCCCCAUGAAAAGAAAUGGCUCUGUAAUCUCAUUCAGCACAAGUUUCAUAUUCGCCAUCGUCCCACAUGCCCGCUCGGGCGGGGCCGACGGGCUCUGCUUCGUCAUGACGCCCACCACCGCUCUCAAAGGCGCUUUCGCCACGCAGUACCUGGGCCUCCUCAACAUAUCCAGCGAUGGUAAAGACUACAACCAUCUUUUCGCUGUAGAAUUCGACACAAGUCAGAGCAUUGGCGUAGAUAAUAAGGACGGCAACCAUGUGGGAAUCGAUCUCAACGGCGUCAAAUCGUUGUUGGCUGAACCUGCUGGUUAUUGGGAAGGGAACAGUUUGACGCCCAUUAAUCUGAAGAGCGGGCAUAAUAUAAGGGCCUGGAUCGACUAUGACGGCGCUUCUAAACAGCUGGACAUAAGUAUUGCAGCAAUUGGAGAGGCGAAGCCGCAGAAAGCCCUGGUGUCGAAGAAAGAUUUGGAUUUGGACGGUAUUAUAGAAGAGUACAUGUACGUUGGGUUUUCUGCGUCUACAGGUAGUUCUCCUCUAGUUGAGGACCAUUACAUUCUAGCAUGGAGCUUCACAACUGGUAGUGAUAAGGCUCCAGAUCUAGACAUUUUGAAUCUUCCUUCCUUUUAUGUCAAAAUCCCCAAGUUCCACAAUUCUGCAAAGUUCAGAUCCAUUAUUAUAAUAUGUUCCACAGCUAUCAGCUUGGGACUCAUUCUCAUUACAUUUUUCAAGCUAAAAAAGGAGGACUACACAGAAUUCGAUAAAAAAUGGAAGCUGCAAUAUUGGCCACAUAAAUUUGAUUACAGAGAGCUCAACUUUACCACAAAGAAUCCUCCUGAACAAGGUAUUUGGCACUCUGUUUUACCGCAGGGUUUCAGGGACGACAAUCUUCUGGGCUAUGGGGGCUUUGGACAGGUAUACAGGGGCACUCUGCCUUCCGGCGAAGAAAUCGCCGUGAAAUGCAUCACAAAAGAUUUAGCAGAAGGAAUGGAGGAAUUCAUGGCAGAAAUUUCCAGCCUUGGGAGGCUGCAGCAUCGGAAUCUAGUGCCCCUCAAGGGUUGGUGCAGAAAAAAUGAGCGCAUCUUCAUCAUCUAUGACUACAUGUCCAACGGAAGCCUUGAAAGAAAUUUGUACAGUCCAGAAUUGAAUCUUACAUGGCGUCACAGACACAAAAUUCUUACGGAUGUAGCCAGCGGCCUGCUUUACUUACACGAGCAGUGGGAUAAAAAAGUGGUGCACAGGGACAUUAAACCCAGCAAUAUAUUAUUGGACUAUGAUCUGAACGGCCGGGUGGGGGAUUUUGGCUUAGCAAGGUUAUAUGAUCACAGCCAAAGACCCCAAACUACUCAUGUGGUGGGCACUCUGGGGUACAUUGCACCUGAGCUUAUACAUUCUGGUAAGGCUUCUCCUUCAACAGAUGUUUUCAGCUUUGGGGCUCUUAUGCUGGAGGUUGUCUGCGGAAAGAAACCUGUAGACGCCCAAGGUGUGAUUUUGGUUGAGUGGGUUUGGGAUCUGUAUGCAAAUGAGAGGUUACUGGAUGCUACUGAUCAGAGGCUUGGGGAGAAUUACGAUAAGGGUGAGGCUGAGAUUGUGCUUGUAGUGGGGCUCAUUUGUUCAAACCCUGAUCCGCGGAAGAGGCUUGGUAUGAGGAAAGUGUUGCAGAUACUUUGCGGUGAGGCUGCUUUGCCUGUGGGUCUUCAUGUACCUUCAGCUUUUUAA